AUUUGGUUUCUAUCUCAUCUAGAGUGCAUAUCUCAGUGUUUAGCCGUGCGAAACGUGCACUCAUUUGCCAGGCUAUUUUAAUUAAUAGUUCAAUAAUUAUUGCGAAAAUUGAAAAAUAGUGCAAGAUUUUCGGUUUAUUUGAUUGUGCUGUAUUCGCUCACAAAAAAAAUUGGACCCUCAUCGAAACAUUUUUAUAUACAAAAUGUUGUAGCUUGUCCGGACAAUUCUCAUCAACCAUCGAAUUAUUAUAGGAAAAUAAAAGAUGAAUCGCAAUCAGUGGAUAGAACAAACACAAACAAAAAAUCUGAACGAUAACAAAACGAAUUGCGUAAAAUUUAAAGAUAUUGAAAAUAUUACGAAUGAAACUACAACAAACUUAGCAAAUCAGAGAAAUAAUGUCGAUAGUUAUAUAAAUGAUGAAAUUGAAAACAAUUAUUAUGAAGCUGCAGAAGGGAAGAACGCCGUUAAGUACGUCGAACAUUUCGUAAAAAAUAUGAAACAUAUCGUCGAUCAGAAUCCUGCAAAACCGACAAAUUAUGAUGAAUGGACGAAUGAGGAACGAUACAAACAUAUAACGGAAAACAUAAAAAUCUAUGUUCCAAAUCUACCAGAUUCUUUAUUAUUUUUCAUAUCAGCAGCGUUGUAUCGUGGAGAUUGCGGUCGAAGUUCAACAGACAGACCGCUUUGGUUGGACAUGGACAAAUUCCGGAAAGGACAAAAAUUUGCACGACAACACAUUUUCUCUAUCAUAUUUUCCAACGUGUUGUCGCUUUUCGAGCUAUUCGCUUUCACGGACGGUCUUAAACCAAUGAUUUUCAAUCAACAAUCUCAUACGCCGCUCUUAGCUUUUAAUAGAUAUUUAUCUACGGCUCGUCGUAUAAAAAAUUGGAUGAUGGAAGAUUUUUGGAACGAAAACACGCAAGCUCACAAACACAUCCAAAUCGUGCGUAAAAUGCAUCACGUCGUACGAUUGAAACUCUGCGAAUACGAGUAUGAAGAAAUCGAUGCAAAGACGAAGAUUCCGAAUCCGUGGUGCCCGGAUAGGAAAAUAAUCCUCGACGACUUUUCUUCUUGCCCCUAUGCGAAAGUAGAAAACGGCUGUCUUCAUCUGAUAAUCAGACCUAAAGGAUUGAAUCAAGCCGAUAUGAGUUCCACGCAGUUUGCUUUUAUGGGAAUGAUCCUGCUCUACUCGCACAAAUUUGGCAUUCACGCCACUGAUGAGGAUAUGAUGGCCUUUUGCCACGUAUGGAGAAAUAUAGGAUACGCUCUUGGUAUUCAGGACGAGUAUAAUUUUUGUCGCGGUAAUCUACAAGAGAUUAAGACGAGAGCGCGAGACUUUACCCAAGUUUGGGUGAAACCGUAUUUACGGCAAAUAUUGCCCGAAUGGGAGCACAUGUUGAGAUGCGUCAUGUACGAUGAUAACAUGUUCAAGUUCUCGUUAUUAUUUGUUGCCGAUUUAUUGGACAUCGAUAUGCCACAUGUGCGAAGUACACUAACUUUUUUUCAACGAUUGCAAUUUAUGUUAUAUCGUUUUAUACUUUGUUAUGCCAUGCGACUACGAUUUGUACGAGAAUAUAUGAAUAAAAAAAUUCUUAUAAUUCUCGAUAAACCAAUCAAAAUUAAUAAGAAAAAAUAUGAAAAAUUAAGAAAGAUAUCUGCCCAAAUGGUACCGGAUCUUGAUUCUAAGAAAGAAGAAUAAAGAGUAAAGUUCAAAGGCGAAUUAAUUCCAAAUAACGGAAGCCAUUUUUCCCUCAUUAUUUCGCGUGCAAAAAUAUAUUAUAUCUUUUUUAUAAAUAUGCAAUGCAAUGAUACAAGCAAUAUACAUA